CACACAUCUACAGGUAUGGUGAUCCAGACACAAUCGGACUUAGCGCCCGACUAUAGCACACCGGUGUUCAUUAGUCUGAAGAAGCGAACCAAAAUCUACGAAGGAUUCAACGCGGAGUCGCGGACCUCGGCAAAGUUUGGACCCGACAUUUCAUACAGAGUUAAGAUCGCAUCAAAUGGACCUUAAGACCAAGGAGCUGAAGGCUCAAGAUAUCAGCGUUUGCUAGCAUCAAGAUUAAGCCACGAAGUUCGAAGCAGUGACCAAGUUUAAAAAACAUCAAUCAACAUGUCGUCCGAAAACUUGUUCCCCCGGCCGCCAUACGACGCCCAACUGAUCCCGGCCCUGGACCGCAUGACAGCUUACCCGCGAUCAAGGGAUGGCAUAGUCCAUGGGCGACAACUACGAGCCACCGCAAUGGCACCAAUGCAAGCAGCAGUACGAAACGACGAAAGACUACUGGUAGAAGACCGCACAAUCGCCGGACCGGACGGGGAGAUUCCCAUUGUCAUCUUACAGCCCCGGAACCCAAAGACGGCGAGCGGCAAACGUCCAGGUAUCGUGUUCUACCACGGCGGUGGCAUGGUCCUCGGCGACGCCUUCCUUGGGAUCCAGCCGUUCGCGCGCAUGGCAAAGGACUUUGAUGCCGUCGUCGUAAGCGUGGAGUACCGCCUGGCACCAGAGCAUCCGGCGCCCGCGCCGCAGGACGACUGCUACGCGGGUCUUCUCUGGACAAGUGAGCAUGCGCAGGAGCUAGGUAUCAACCCCGCGCGCCUCAUGAUCGCGGGCGUCUCCGCCGGCGGCGGUCUCGCGGCUGGAGCGGCACUGAGGGCGAGGGACACGGGAGGGCCGAAGCUCUGCGCGCAGCUGCUCGUAUAUCCUAUGCUCGACGACAGGGACACGGGCAUCUCCAAGAAGCAGUUCAGGAACGAUACUUGCUUUGACGCGCUAGAUAACAACGCUGCAUGGGGUUGCGUCUUGGGAGACAAGGCGGGCGUGGAGGAUGCGGACGUGAGUCCCUAUGUUGCGCCGGGCAGAGCAAAGGACCUGUCCGGACUGCCGCCGGCGUAUAUCGACGUCGGAACUGCGGAGCCGUUCAGGGAUGAAAACGUGGCGUAUGCUACGAAGCUAUGGGAUAGCGGCGUGCAGGCGGAUCUGCAUGUCUGGAGUGGUGGAUUCCACGGGUUCGACUUACUGGGCCUCGCUGUAGGGUCAGAUGUUGCCAAGGCUGCUCUCGAGACGAGAAUGGGAUGGGCCAGGAGGCUGUUUGGUACGCAGUAGAUGUUUGAUGCUAGCUCACGAUCAGAUAGACUACUAGGUAAGAAUACGGAGGGAAUUGCAUGAGACCGGUCACCGGUAUGCUGGUUGUUGAACCAUCAGUCGCCAAGCCUCUUGAAAGCGUGUGGUCCCAAACUUGAGCCGCCUCCUGACUGCAAACAGUCAGGGAAAACUCUUUAUUCCAUCCGGACCACCGGUUGACUUCCAGGAGACAGAGGAACAAGCUCAUAUGUGAAUGCUUGCUUCGCUAGUGAAACGGAAAACAAGAGCCCGUUAUCAAGAGCGCUAACAGAUCUCGCAGAAACGCAGCCAGGAAUUCACAAUGAACUUGACUCAGCCACCUAUCUGAUGGCCACUGAAACAGUCUGACCUUAAUUCGGAUACGGAAACUGCG